AUGGACUGGUGCUACGAUUCUCCUCCGGUCUACUUCCCGUCUGAGCCCUUCCCACCCCAGCCCGAACUGCAGCCUGAGCAGCCGGCAGCUCCUGGUCUUGGUGGUGUGUCUGCUCCGGUAUACUUCCCGUCUGCGCCCUUCCCGCCUGCACCCGAGCCCGAGCCCGAGCAGCCGGUAGUUUCUGGUCUUGGUGGUGUGUCUGCUCCGGUCUACUUCCCGUCUGAGCCCUUCCCACCCCAGCCCGAACCGCAGGUCGAGCAGCCGGUAGCUCCUGGUCUUGGUGGUAUGUCUGCUCAGGUGUACUUCCCUUCUACGCCAUUCCCGCCUGCACCCGAGCCCGAGCCCGAGCAGCCGGUGGUUUCUGGUCUUGGUGGCGUAUCGGCUCCAUUAUACUUCCCUUCUGCACCACUCCCGCCGCUCGAGCCCCAGCGCGAGCCCCAGCCUGAGCCCGAGCAGCCGGUGGUUCCUGGUGGUGGGUCUACUCCGGUCUACUUCCCUUCUACGCCAUUCCCGCCUGCACCCGAGCCUGAGCAGCCGGUGGUUUCUGGUUCUGGUGGUGCAUAUACGCCAGCCUACUCCCCCUCUGUGCCUUUCCCACCGCCCGCACCCCAGUCCCGGCCCGAGCUUGUAGUUCCGAUAUUUUCUGGUUUCGGUGGAGUUUCGGCUCCUGCUCCUGGCCCCAGGACCGAGCCUGACGUCCAGACGACUCUUCCCGGCAUUAGUGGCGUUUCGACUCCGGCGGCGGCGCCUCCGUCUGCGCCCGCCUUUGUGUUUAGCGACCCUCCCGAGACGCCCGCUCCGGCGGCGGCGCCUCCGUCUGCGCCCACCUUUGUGUUUACUGAUCCUCCCAAGGCGCCCGCUCCCGCGCCUUCUGUGGCACCUCCUUCGGCCGACCCUUUCCGGUUCAACCUGGCGGCGCACCUGGAGGAGGAGCAGGCUCGGUGGCGCAACGUGGCCAGCCGUUCGAAAGAGGGACGCGAGUUCUGGAAGAGAAAGGGCUACGACGAAAUCGCCGAGUUCGCCGAAGAACCCCCGGAGGAUCCAGAUUACAACCGCGAAGUUGCUGCUGCCCGCAUCGUGGUUGACCGGCACCGGAGGGCAGUGGCUGCCCUUCCUGCGCUUCCAGCGGCCGUGGUUGUGGACGGCAGCCAAUUCAAGGAAGAGCUGAAGGAGACGGCUCCGGCCGCUGUUCUUGCCAACCGGCGAAUAGGAACACCCAAGAAGGUCAGCGAGAAGAUCGCACCUCAGAAGCUGCAGCAGCUGCAACUGCAACACCAGCAGGAGCAGGAGGAGCAACUGCAACGAGAGCAGAAGCGGCUGCUGGAUGAACUGGUGCAACAACAUCAGCGGGAACAGCAGCAACAGCAGCAACAGCAGCAACAGACAGCAGGAGUCAGCUGGCACGACCAGCCCUGCCCUUUGUCGCCGGAGCUCCCGAGCUCGGACGAUGAAGGUUUUGGAGGUGGUCUCGGUGCGGCGGCGCAGGUCGGUUCGAUCCCGACCCUUCACUACCACGCGGUCUAUACCCCAACGCCCCCGCCCCGUGACCACAGCCAGUAUAGAUCGCGCCACUAG